AUGACGUUCCCCGCCCUGAAGCAGAUCUGUGUCGACUACAAUGAUCGCGUUAUCAUAUGCGAGUCGCAGAAAUGGGACUUGGACUUUGAAGUCAGAAAAAAAGAUUACGAGAUCAACGAGAUCAACAUCCUCGUUAAUGACCUCCGAGGCAAAUUUAUCAAACCAUCUCUGCGCAAAGUCUCCAAAUACGAGAACAAAUUCGCCAAACUGCAAAAGAAGGCCGCCGAAUUCAACUUCCGUAACCAGCUUAAGCAAGUGAAAAAGAAGGAAUUCACAAUGGAGGACGAAGAUAAGGAGAAAAAACCGGAUUGGUCAAAGAAAGGAGGAGAAGGCGAGAAGAAGGAAGGGGAAGAGGGAGAAGGCGAAGCUCCGGCCGAAGGAGAAGCUCCAGCCACUGCCGAAGGUGCCCCCGCUCCCACCGAAGGAGCUCCACCGGCUGAAGGCGCUCCCGCUGAAGGAGCCCCAGCCGACGCCGCCCCUGCUGAAGGUGCAACAGGCGAAUCCGCUCCUCCCGCUGAAGGCGCACCACCUGCCGAUGGGGCACCACCUGCUGACGGCGCUCCACCUGCCGAAGGCGCUCCUCCCGCCGAAGGCGCUCCUCCCGCUGAAGGCGCACCACCUGCUGAAGGCGCUCCUCCCGCUGACGGCGCUCCUCCUGCUGACGGCGCACCACCUGCCGAAGGCGCUCCUCCCGCUGAAGGUGCUCCUCCCGCUGAAGGCGCUCCUCCCGCCGAAGGUGCUCCACCAGCUGAAGGUGCUCCACCUGCCGAUGCUCCCGCCCCGACCGAGGGAAGUCCAGCGGCCGCACCUGCUGACGGUUCUGCCGCUCCAGCAGAGGGUCAAGCCGCUCCGUCUACAGAAGGCGCACCGGCAGCUGCACCCGCAGCCGAAGCCGCUCCCGCACCCGCUGAAGCUGCUGCGCCACCCGCAGAGGAAGCGCCUGCUAGUUAAACAACUGCAAAAACAUCAAAACCUUCUUUUUUUUGUGUCCUCGAAUUGGGGUCUUUCACUCCUUAAUACCAACGAACUAGUCAGCUGAAAAUAUGUAUUGGGAAAAAAAAAAUAAUUUUGGGGUGGCAGCGAGUGACUUGGAGGUCGACGAUUGGGUAGGGUUUUUGUUUUUUUCCACCCUUUGUCAACAUAUUAUUUUUAACACUGUUUGGUUACAUAAGAUACGGAAGGGAUGAGGGAAUUAUAAUAAAUUGGGAUUUUCAAUUGUUCAGACCUAUCUUCUACGCAAUAUCUCUCUUCUGUGUAAUCUUUUGGCUUCAAUCUCUGGACUGAAGAUUUGUUAAAAGAACUGAUGAAACGUGCUUCUAAAAGACAACCAACAAAGCUUACCCGCUAUCACAAUACACACAGUUCAUGAAGGA